CUUUUUCUCCACGCCUCCUUCUCCUCAUUCUUUGUCGCAACAAACACCAUGGUGAACAGUCUCUGGUUCAAGUGGAAGAGCCUUCGGCUACCCUGGCGACGCUCUGUCCUUGUCGGCCAGGACCUCGCUGGAAACACCUUCUGGGAAUUCAAGGACGUUGUGAACGCCAAUCGAUUCCGCCGCAUUGUGAAAUUCGACCCCAAAACACAUUAUGGAGAUGUCCAGGUCUCGCCGCAAUGGCAUCAAUGGCUUCGAUAUGUCCGAGAACAUCCGCCGAGUCUUGAGGAACAACAGCAGGACUUGAUCCGCCAGGCGCAGAUCAAGCAACUCGCCCGACUCGCCGAUGAACGCUGGGCCAGCAAGCCGUCCUUCCUUGACAAGCCAAAGACCCAACAACCGCCUACACCCACAGAAACUAGCGGUUCUGCGGCCAAUCCAGCCACCGAAUCUUCUCAAAAUGCCUCGGCGUCCGCUCCAUCAACAUCUACCCCCAAACCUGCGCCCGCUAAGCCUGAGCCCGUGAAAGAAGACCCGUGGGCGAAAGCCAACCCCGGUAAUCCAGGAGACACUUGGCAGCCCGAGUCGUGGACUCCUUCAUCGAAACGGUGAAAUAUCAUCCACAAGAUCGAUCGAGUACCAAGGUAGGUGAGAAGAAUGGACUCUCGGCAACGAAUUUCGACGACAUUUCCCGCAUACACGCUGGAUCGAUUCGGGGUAUCUCUGAAGAAACUCGGAGUGUCGAAAGGGGCAUCUCUCCCGAUAUCGAAACCUAUUCUUGGAAUGGAAAAAAUUGGGGAUUGCAUUAUUCGAAGAUUUGCUGCAGGCCAUGCGCAGUCAUUGAAACCUCCGUAGAUGAACGUUCUUCAUCGCGAAACACUGCCACCAGCAGCGAUCUUGAUUUCUCCCUAUCGAAGACGUCCAGUCAUACUGGUACCGGAGACUGGAAAUUCCUCUGUUCAAUGCAGCCAUAUGAAUCCCAAGUUGAUGGGUGUCUAUCAUCACGCUGCAGCAUCAAGAUCACCGUCUUCUUCUCCACUCGUCUCUCUCUGGCUACAUAAUGAUUUGGAAUAUCAAUAUCCAAGCCUUUG